AUGGACGUGAUGGACCUAGAACCACAAGAGGUAGCGCCAAAGUUCGUGGCUGUGGUGGUGCCUGAGGACGGGCAGGGUGAACCCUAUGAAGUCACACUCCCAACAGACUGCCACCUCUACACCAGCGCAUUCUGGGGCCAGACCUGCACAACCAGUGGUAACGAAGGGACGAACAAGCCAAUCUACGGACCAGCGUUGUUCUGCACGCGCUACUCUGUUGACGUGCCCUUCACCGACGUGACGCUUGCCACCUACCAGGCAUUCAACGACCAGGGCAGUCAGUACAGAGGUGUUGACAGCUUUACCAGAGUUCUCCUCUCGGCGCUGCCCAAUGGCGCCGCCAGGGACCAGGCCAAGGCUGUAGGCAUCGGGGCGAGCUUGCCGCUGGUCUACAAGCCGUGCGAAUGGCAGUUCACCAAGCCGCCCAAGGCGCUCCUCUUCGAGUUUUGUCAGCAGUCGCACCUAUCGGAGCUCCCCAAGUUCAGGCUGGAGCCCAACGUUCCGCUCGAACGCUUCCUCUACUCCGUUGCCAUGCCGGAUUUGGGGCUCGAGUUUAGGCCCGAGCAGGAGCACGCCCAUCGCACCAAGAAGGAGGCCGAGCACCAGGCCGCUCUAUUGGUGCUGCAGCACCUGGGCGGCUCUGCGAUGUGCGGUCAGGGGCGGGCGCCAGUGGUCGACUUAGCACCAUAUGGCGCCGAGGACCCCGUCGCCGGUCCCGUGAACUGGAUCGACGCCCACGGCGACGGCGGCAUCCGGAAGCGGGUCGUUCGGGAGGGCAGCGGUGCUCUCCCGUCAGCCGGCGAGUGGGUCUCAGAGGACGGCAUGCACGAGGUGAUCGUGGGCCUGCACGACGGGGUGGCCACAAUGAGGCCGCAAGAGGUGGCCUGCUUCGAAAUCGCCCCCGAGUACGCCUUCGGGGGCAUCGGCAUCCCCGAAUUCAUCCCGCCCGACACCACGGUCCUGUUUGAGGUGGAGAUGCUCGGCCACGCGCUGACAAAGCCCGAGAAGGAGCGCGACCAUGCGGCGGACGCGGAGGAAGCCAGGGCAGACGGCAACGUUUGCUUCCGUAAUCGGCGGUUUCAAGCCGCACUCAAGUUCUACCGGAUUGGGCUGAAGAGUUUGCAGAAGAUCAAGAAUCCGCCGGCUGAUGAGCUCCCCGCGCUCAAUCAGCUCUCGGUCGAUCUGGACUGCAACGCCGCAGCCUCCUGCCUCCAGCUCGGCUACUUGGAGAAAGCCAUCUUCCAUUCCACUCAAGCGCUGGAAGUGCAUCCGGAGGCGGUCAAGGCCCUCUACAGGCGCGGCCGGGCUCACCUGGGGAGACACGACUUCGACCUGGCCCAGCGGGACCUCGAGCGCGCGUUCCACCUGGCCGAGGGCGACGCGACGAUCCAACGCGACGUGGGCGCCCUGAUGCGGGAGCUCAGCGAGAAGCGGAAGCUGCACGACCAGCGGAUGGGCCAAAUGUACGCCCGGAUGCUUGGCGGCCGCUCCGAUGACUGA